GCCGUAUGCACGUCAGGUCGGUAGGCAGGAAUAAAAACAUAAACACUGGCAAAUUGAAACGUACAUUUGCUACAUUUGUCAUUAUGUAAUCGAGCCAGUGCGAUCGCACGGCCGUACGGGUCUGCAGCAUUCACGAUCAGUCAUUGAUGAGGUGUCGUAUUGUGUUUUGCUGUAAUAUAUGCGAAGCGUUCUUUACGCCGCCGUCAUGAUUAUUGCGAAGUGAUUUCGCUGAGUGUACCGCCGCCGUACGCACGGCCGCGGGCCGGUGUGCCUCUGGACACGCUAAGUGCGCCGAUCAUCUCCGCCGGUUACCUGGUAAUAGUAAUAACAAUUUUUACGCAGAACUCGAUAACGAAUUGAAGUGGGUUAUUAAGUGAUUUAUUAGUGUGUGCAGUGUUGAAAUUGAAUACAAGUUUCUUAUGCUAAAGUGCAGUUUUAAUGUUAAUGUGUGUUCAAUCUGUGGGUAAAUUAUGGUACCGGUAACUGCUCUAUUCAUUUUAUAUAAACAUUUUAAUCAAAGCCAAAAACGGCACAAUUUUAAAGCUUUUAAAUGACAGCUUAAAAACUAAAUUUUAUAUUGAAAUGACCUUUAUCGUAAACAAAUACCAAGUUACUGAUUUUCCGUACAUGCUUUUCUCAAACAACUCACAAUGCAUCGGGGCAGUACGAAAAAGUCAAAAAAGAUUAAAGAGAAAAUUAAAGAAAAAGUGGAUGGUGUGAAUGUCCCACAUACAAUAACGGUUGAUAAUAAUAAAAACCAUAAAAUCAAAAUAGGCGAUGGACAUGAUAAGAAGAAGCGAGUCAAUGGCAAAGUCGAGACGAAAAAAACUGAUAAACAAGUUAGACGUUCUUCUAUACCAAGCAACGGUACUAAGGAUGUCGUUUUGGAAAAACCGCCGUCGCCAGUUAGAAUCAAGGUUAAAAAGCGUAGGGAUGCCAAUGUCAUCGACGGGCUUUCGAAGAUCGAAGCUAAACAUAAGAAAGCAAAACCUACGCCGGUUGAGAGCAAACCUGCUCCACCACCACCUCCUCCACGGUUGGAAAGAAGUGCCAGUGCGGCUAGUUUUCUCUAUCGAAGUCGCAGAAAAAAUCCAAAUACAAUCAGAGAAGACUUGGAAACUAUACCAGAUGAAGAUGGACUUCCCGACUCGCCAUUAACUAGGAAACCAUCGUUUUCUAGACAUUUAGAAAAAAUUGCCACAUCUUUGGAUACAAUAAAAAAUGGAUUAAGACGAACAUUGAGUUUUAACCGAGAUUUGCAAUCUAAACGACCACCAUCUUCGACUAACUCUGUAGCUUCAUCCAGGCUCAGUUGCAGAUGGUCAGCAUCCUUACAGUCGCUUCAGGAAAUUGACACUCAUGUAUCUUACAACGACUUGAGCUUCGUUAAUUACGACGCUUUAAAUGAAUUAGAUCCUAAACCCAAACCAUCAAAAAAGCAACAUUCUCUGUGCAGAUUUUGUAGUGAUAGAAUUGAACGUUUUAGACAUAGUGACGGAGUUGGAUUGGUGCUUAAACCUUGUGUUUGUGGUAGAAGUGGGUGUAUUAAUUCCAUACAGCAUGAUCCUAUGUGGGUGACGAAAAUUGAUCCUGAUGCACUAUUUUGCUGUUGUGCAAUGCAACCGCCGCAUUUUCUUCGAAGUAACAGCUUGCACGUGCAGAGAUCGAAAAAUGUACUACCUCAUGAUCGCAAUCAGAUCAGAUAUGGGGCCAUAAACCAAAGAUUAAAAUCAAAUUUUCCCGUAAAAUAUGCCAACAACUGUGAAGAAAACGUAACACAGGAGACUAAACAAAUUGAAAACGAUGUUUUGGAACAAGACGAGAACUCCAAUGGUGUUGAUCAAGUCCGAUCCAGAAGCCUUACUCACUUAGACAGCUUGGAUCCUGCAAUGUUGGUUAAACAGGCUUCGACAACUGGUGGAACACCUAAGUUAAACGGCGACACGGCAUUGAAAGAUAGCCGUUCGGAGCCGGAUUGCGCAGCGGGUCUGAACGAGCAGCGACUGUUGUACGUGCCGGAUAGUAGCGGCUGUCACAGCCGAACGUCCCCUGAUCGAAGCGGCGGACUGCCAGCAUCUCCCGCUGGUAAUUACUACCAGCCACCCAGCCAGCGCAGGCAGAAACUCGCCAGAAGCCAGGUAUCCAGCUCCGAGUACUUCACAGUGUCGUUCGAAGUGGGCGACUUUGGAUCCACCGUCGGCCUGAAUCAAUCCCGCGAAGAGUUCGUGCCGGCCGUCAAAGGAGUCACGUUAUUUGAUUCAUUAUCCUUGGCCUGCGAGAGGUACAGUAUCGACCUGAACCAAUGUGUGGUGUUAGAAGGUCCCGUAUCAGCAGCGUCUUAUUCGCUUCCAUUCAACACUGAUACUGAUUGGCUGGCAGGAAAACAUCUUAGGAUAGUUCCAAAGGAAGUCUUCAAGAAAUCACCGAACCAGAAUCAUGUGCCUUUACACAAGACCUUCUCUGCGAACUACCGAGGCAGACAUAGCAAGUUCUUCAGUGCAAGUACAGAAGAUCCAUCUUUACUUGAAGCAGAACGUGGAAAGGGCAGGCAAAGAUGGUCAGGGUUUUUCACAAAUAAUAAGGAUACGAAAAUUGAACAAUUGACAGAGAUAUUGAAUGGUUUUGCACGAAGUGGGGUACCGGGUUCGCCGAAUGAACCGAUUAAAUCUAUUCCUAGUGAACCUGAAACAGCUUUGUCUACACUGGAGGAGCAUUGGCAAGAUUUUGUCGACAGUACUGGUAUGUCCGAAUCAGAGAAGCAAUUCCAGACCGCUUUGUGGGAACUUCUAACGACCGAAGCAGCCUACAUAAAAACGUUACGGGUGGUGACUGAUCUCUUCCUUGCUUGCCUCGAAAAUCUCCAACAGACCGGUAUCUUAACAGAUAUCGAUAAAGGCAAAUUGUUCUCGAAUGUCCAGGAGAUAUAUGCAUGCAAUUUGGACUUCUGGUCAUCAUAUCUGUAUCCCAUGCUAAAACAAGCCAGAGAAACGCGAUCAGCAAUGCGAUGCGAAUACUUCUUGGAUGGAUUUCUUAGAUUUGACGAGGUCUUUAGGCCGUAUGAACGUUUUUGCGCGGAGCAGAGCAUUUGUCAACAUUAUUGUCGUGAAGUAAACGCUCAGAAUGAGCUGUUUACUGUCUACUUGGCCUGGUGUGAAACGCAGAAGGAAUGCAAUAGGUUAAGGCUAGCUGAUAUUUUGGUUCGACCAAUGCAAAGGUUUACCAAAUACAGCCUUUUAUUGCAAGCUGCAAGAAAACAUGCAACAGAUCAACGAGAUUGGGAAGGAUUAGAUGCAACGGUGCGUGCUGUGGAUGAGUUUGUUGCAAAAGUGAAUGCUCGGUUGCGACAAAGGCAAGAGAAUGAAAGACUCAAUGGUAUUAUGGCCAGAAUAGAUUCUUAUGAAGCAGUGGAAAGCAAAGAUGAAGAUUUAGAACGUCUAGUCAAAAAAUAUAGUAAUCUAGAUCUUAGUGUACCUAUGGCCGGCUGCUCAGCAAGCAGGCAGAGGCAUUUAUUAAUGGAGGGCGAUUUGAAAUUUCGUGAUCACGCAGGAAAGAUUGACGCUCAUUGUUUUCUGUUGACUGAUAUGUUCCUAGUCUGUAAGCCUUCAACCAAACGUUCUGGUGCCAGUAUGAAAAUUGUGCGACAACCAUACCUAAGUGACCGACUGCAUGUGAAGGAAUUGACCAGAGAUUCGCCAACGAUCGCAUGUGUAUAUCUAAAUGAAUAUGGAAUGGCUGUUGCCGCUUUUACUCUUCAAUGUGCUGAAGCCAAAGUUCUGAAAAGUUGGUCCGAUUGCCUAAAGAAAGCUAGUCACCUCUACACCCAAUGCAAGCAGCAGCACCCCUGGCAAUCUCAGCACGCGCCUCAGCAGGGCGGUCAAUACGCUCACAUAUCAGAACAAUGGGGAGGUAGUAAUGAAUUCGCGACUGAUUUAUCGCUGAGCUGCGAUUUGGACUACGACAGUCACGCCGGACCUUGUCUAGCGGGCGCCGGAGUGCCGACAUCGCAAGCGGGCACCGGGGGCGUAGGACAGCUGACCGGGCGGUCGCCGCUGGCGGGCAGUUCGAGGGGAAGCAGAGUUUCUAGUCUUGCUCAUAGUCAUAGUGGUUCAGUGGAAAUGAACGAGAGCAUGUCCAGUCUGAAUCCUACAAGUAGAAAUGUUUCAAUAGAACAAGAUCUACGAACCACGUCUUUGUCGAGUGAUGAAGGAAUCCCACCGCUCAGCCAUGAACAUUCGCCGAAAGAGGCUGCAAAACCUUCAUGCGCCUUAGCUAAAUCGCCAACGGUAAAAAGGCCUGGCAAUAAGGUGCCGACACCAAAUACGCUCUCUGUACAACCAUUCAGUAGCCUAGGACAGAGUCUUCCUAAUCUCACAAUUAACUCUGGUGCAUUAUCGAUACAACCGUUGGUAUCGCCACAUACCUUACGUGUUCCGCCCGGAGCACCAUCGGGGAGUGCUAAUCUUUUAUCGCCCCAUCACAGAGGAACUUCUUAUCCACCACCAUCUCCUACACGGGGAAGUUUGAGGAGAGGUUUUGCGUUUUCCGCAACGCACAAGAAUCCGCCGCUGAUAAAAACGCGUCACAUCACCUCCCAGCAUUCGGUGCAGUCCAUUGGCACUCCGGCUACGUUACCAGCCUCGGGCCAUCAAAGUCUUCCGGCAACCGCUAGCAACACACCACAUUGGACUGCACCACAUUCCGGCAGCAGAGAACCACCGGUAGCGCCUACGAUCAACAAUUUUGUUACAGAUAACGUUGGCUGGGAUUCGCCUAUUCGAUGUUACACCACGGGUGAUUUACUUGGUUUAUUAAAAAAUGACAAUCGGAUACAUAGUGCUAUUAGGCGUUUCUCAAUUGACUUCGAAAAUUUGCUUCUGAUGGAAGCAUACGCACAAGAAAGCCAUCCGAUCGAAGAUGGCGAGAAGCUGGUCAAAUGUUUAUCAAACGAUCAGAAAUUUCUAUCGAAUGGACCAGGAGCGAAACAAUAGUUCUGCUCGUCCAGACUUCGGCCUAACUUUCUAGAAGGACACGGUCGGUACGGUAACGGAUAGUAAACAUUUAGGAAAUGAAAUAAUCUAUAUUAAAAUUAUAUAUUAAAUAUAUACAUUAUAUUUAUUCUUUU